GCAGGACCCAUGGCGGACACCCAGUACAUCCUCCCCAAUGACAUCGGCGUGUCUAGCCUGGACUGCCGCGAGGCCUUCCGCCUGCUGUUACCCACAGAGCGCCUCUAUGCCCACCACCUGUCACGGGCUGCCUGGACCCCGACCAGCUGCGCCAGCAUGCCCUGGCUGAGGGCCUUACCGAAGAGGAAUAUCAGGCGUUCCUGGUCUACACUGCAGGUGUCUACUCCAACAUGGGCAACUACAAGUCCUUUGGUGACACCAAGUUUGUUCCCAACCUGCCCAAGGUGAGCUGAAGACGGCUGGGAAAGGUGGGCAGUUUGGGGCCAGUGGGAUGGGGGGGCGGGGCAUGCAGCAGAUGGAGCCCCAGUGGGAGUCGGGCCCUGAGAGGAGCUUUGACCUUGUCACUACCACACUGCACGGCCUUGGGUGCUGCAGCCACCUCCUGACCCUGCUGACCUGAGGGACGAAUGAGCAGAGGCUGUGAAAGGGCUCUGUGCGCUGUUAGGUGCUGCAGAGGUGGAGCCUGCCUGUCACCACUGAGGACAGCGGAGGAGCCUGGGCAUGAGGAGUCCCUCUCUGGGACCACGGGGCUCAGGCCCAUCUGGGGCAGAGGCAGCUCUUACACCAGGGCUCUCAGCCCCUACUGAGUGCACGAAUUGCCUGGCGAGCUUGUUGAAAUGCAGCUUCUGACCCAGCAGGCCUGAGCAGGUGGGGCGUGAGGGUCUGCAUUUCUCGGGCAAAGUCAAUGCUGCCGGUCUGUCAACUGCACUCUGGGCCAGAAGGUCUUAGACUGUGGGAGAAGAGCUUGGGGGUCGAUGGGGGCGGGGAGGGGGGCGCUCCAGGAGGCAGGUUCGGGUGGUGUGGCCAGGCCACAGGCCUCCCUUCCCCUGCAGGAGAAGCUGGAACGUGUGAUCCUGGGUAGUAAGGCCGCGGAGCAGCACCCGGAGGAAGUCAGGGGCCUCUGGCAGACCUGCGGGGAGCUCAUGUUCUCUCUGGAAUCGAGGCUUCGACACCUCGGGCUGGGGAAGGAGGGAAUCACCACCUAUUUCUCUGGGAACUGUACCAUGGAAGAUGCCAAACUAGCCCAAGACUUUCUGGACUCACAGAACCUCAGUGCCUACAACACACGGCUCUUCAAGGAGGUCGGCCAGGAUGGAAAGCCCUGCUACGAGGUGCGGUUGGCUUCUGUGCUGAGCACAGAACCUAUUCUGGACUCCGAAAUGAAUUCCAAGCUGAAGAGCUAUGAAUUCCAGGGAAGCAAUUUCCGGGUGACCCGGGGAGACUAUGCACCCAUCCUCCAGAAGGUAGUGGAGCACCUGGAGAAAGCCAAGGCCUAUGCAGCCACCAGCCACCAGGAGCAGAUGCUGGCCCAGUACAUAGAAAGCUUCACCCACGGCUCUAUCGAGGCCCACAAGAAGGGCUCUCGCUUCUGGAUCCAGGACAAAGCCCCCAUCGUGGAGAGUUACAUCGGGUUCAUCGAGAGCUACCGAGACCCCUUUGGCUCCCGCGGAGAGUUUGAAGGCUUCGUGGCCAUGGUGAACAAGGCCAUGAGUGCCAAGUUUGAGUGGCUAGUGGCAAGUGCGGAGCAGCUGUUGAAGGAGCUUCCCUGGCCCCCAGCCUUCGAGAAGGACAAGUUCCUCACCCCCGACUUCACCUCCCUGGAUGUUCUCACCUUCGCCGGCUCCGGCAUCCCUGCCGGCAUCAACAUCCCCAACUAUGACGACCUAAGGCAGACGGAAGGCUUUAAGAACGUGUCGCUGGGGAACGUGCUGGCCGUGGCCUAUGCCACACAGCGGGAGAAGCUCACCUUCCUGGAGGAGGAGGACAAGGACCUGUACAUCCGCUGGAAGGGACCCUCCUUUGACGUGCAGGUGGGGCUGCACGAGCUGUUGGGCCACGGCAGCGGCAAGCUCUUUGUGCAGGAUGAGAAAGGAGCAUUCAACUUUGACCAGGAGACAGUGAUCAACCCAGAGACAGGGGAGCAGAUUCAGAGCUGGUACCGGAGCGGGGAGACCUGGGACAGCAAGUUCAGCACUAUUGCCUCCAGCUAUGAAGAGUGCCGGGCAGAGAGCGUGGGCCUCUACCUCUGCCUCAACCCCCAAGUGCUGGAGAUCUUUGGCUUUGAGGGGGCUGAUGCAGAAGAUGUGGUCUACGUGAACUGGCUCAACAUGGUUCGGGCCGGGCUGCUUGCUCUGGAGUUCUACACCCCUGAGGCCUCCAGCUGGAGACAGGCCCACAUGCAGGCCCGGUUUGUGAUCCUGAGGGUCUUGCUGGAGGCCGGCGAGGGACUUGUUACCGUCACUCCCACCACAGGCUCCGAUGGGCGCCCAGAUGCCCAGGUCCACCUUGACCGCAACAAGAUCCGGACCGUGGGCAAGCCCGCCCUGGAGAGGUUCCUGCGGAGACUCCAGGUGCUGAAGUCCACAGGGGACGUGGCUGGAGGCCGGGCCCUGUAUGAGGGGUAUGCGGCGGUCACCGAUGCACCCCCCGAGUGCUUCCUCUCCCUCAGGGACACAGUGCUGCUCCGUAAGGAAGCCCGGAAGCUCAUCGUUCAGCCCAACACUCGCCUCGAAGGCUCAGAAGUACAGCUUCUUGAGUAUGAGGCCUCAGCUGCUGGCCUCAUCCGAUCCUUCUCUGAGCGCUUCCCAGAGGAUGGGCCCGAGUUGGAGAAGAUCCUCACCCAGCUGGCCACAGCUGAUGCCCGGUUCUGGAAGUGCCCCAGUGAAACCCCAUCUGGCCAGGCUUGAGGCAGAUUUGCAUGGCCCUUCCCCCACUCCACUAAACCAAGGCUGCAAGUGGCCCCCUUUUUGUCCGUGUCUUAGGGGCUAGGGGAGGGGCAGGAGCUCGGACCUUGGUGCUACCUCAGCCGAGGGUGGCGACACUAAGCCCUUCCAUUUGACAGCACUUUCCAGCUUACCAAGUGCUUCCCCUGUGUUAUCUCAUCUGAUCUGCACUGCCCUCUGUGGGGUGAGCAAGGCAGGACUCCUUAUCCGGCUUCCCAGAUGAGGCAAUGCAGGUUCUGAGAAAGUGACCUGGCAUCCUGCAGGACUCAAAACCUCUCCCAGUCCAGUGCUCUUCAUGUAUUACUUUUAUAACCAGAAAAAUAAAUAUUAGAAACCACCA